AUGGCUGAGCACGACCAUAUCGAGCAGCUGACUCCGCUGGACCUGGCAAUGCCAAACACCUACAUUCGGGUCCUUCUGGCAUUCCCCGGCCCCGAAGCAGACUCAACCCUAACCACCCUGCACACUCUCCAAACUGGUCUCGGGCAACUGUCCAAACAAGUCCCCUGGCUGUCAGGACGGGUCUACCCCACCACUGACGACUCCGGCCGACCAUCCCUUGAGAUCCGCUCGCACGCAGGAGACGCCCAAACGCUGGAAGACAAGGGCACAAUCGCCGCAUCCUACGCGACUCUGUCUGCGCAGAACAUGCCCCCGGAAGCCAUCCCAGGGUAUGUGUGGCCUGUACCAGCCAUGCUUUCGGGGGAUAUGGAGCAUGGCAUCUCCGUCUUUGCCGCCAGCGUCUUCCGCUUCAUCGACCGCGGCAUAGGGCUGUGUAUCUGCCUGCAUCACCACGCCGUCGACGCCACCGGGUUCACCGAUGUCAUCCGAUUGUGGGCGCAAGCCACCACCACCACCACCACAACCACCGGUGAUGCGCUGCCCCCCAAUCUUCCUCAGUCCAAUCGACAAGCCCAACUCUCUAACGCCCUCACCCCAGCCAUCCAAACCCUCAUCUCAUCCCAGUCCACCAACCCAAAUGCCCUCCUCCCCCUCCACCCCGAAUUCUCGACAACCCCGCCCUCUCUCCCCGGGGACUUCAAACCCUGCAACUCCCAACUCUUCACCCUGAGCCUCCACCACCUCCGCACCCUCCGCACCCUAUGCCAGAAAUACACCUCCCAAACCCUCACAAUCAACACCCUCCUCGCCGCCCUCCUCUGGACAACAAUCACCCGCGUCCGCGCCCAGCGCACCCCAGCCCCCCUCACCCAGAACAGCAACAGCACUCUCACAACAGCCGUCAACGGCCGCAACCGCCUCCCCAACCUCGCACCAGGAUACCUGGGAAAUCUCGUCCUCUACGCCACAGCCCGGUACCCUGCUCCCGCACUGGCUGCCGCUGAUAUGGACCCCGUGCGGGAGCUAGCGGGUAUCUGCGAUUGCAUCACGCAGUCCCAGGCUGCGGCGCAGAUUGGGGAGCGGUUUAUUGCUGAAGUGUGCUGUCUUGUUGGGGGAAUGGAUUAUCGGGGGCUGUAUCCCGGGUGGGAUAUCUUUGGGGGUAGGGAUGUGACGGUUACAAGUUGGGCGGGGACGGGGAUUUAUGAGGUGGGGUUUGGAGGGGGGCUGGGAGGAGUGGGGUUUGUGAGGAUGCCGGUUGUGGAGGGGGCGGAUGGGGUGGUGAUGGUUUUGCCUAGGAGGUGGAGUAAGGGUCAAGAGGUGGUGGAAGAGGCGAAAGAGGAGUCGGUGGAGGUCGUGGUUAUGUUGAGGGAGGAGGAUAUGCGGGCGUUGGAGGGGGAUGAGAUGUGGGGAGUUGUUUGUGGGUUGUAGGUGCUGUUUGGGGGGCUGAUUCGUGGAUGGAUGGGAAUUGUUUGCUCAUUUGGAAUGUAUCUUAGGGCAUUGUUAUGAG